UGGCAGAAGCAUAGUGUUUCUCUUUGUACAUCUUUUCCUCCUACAUGUGCGUUUAGACCGAUGAAGUCAAGUCCUUUGAUCAUCAUACUCUAGAGACUGGUAAGUGGUAACCAUCCUCUGUUUCGGAACAGAGUAUCUCUGAAACGAAGCAGCGACUCCUGUUUUUUUUCUUUUCGAUUCCAUGGCUUUGACAUCGUGCCUAAAGACUGGAGUAGUUCCGAUGUCUCCGACCACCGGACUGUAUCUUUCAGGCAGUCUUAUGAAGUCGGACAGUGGCUUUUCCGUUCCGAUCAAGCUACAGAGCGUUCGUAAAAGCAGCGAUAGAGAGAGGCUGAGAAUCAAAGCGGUGUUCAGCUUUCCUCCGGCGUUUCUAACGAGAAACGGUAGAGCAGAGAAGCAGAAGCAGCUGAAGCAAGACCUUCUCGAAGCCAUUGCCCCUCUCGAACGCGGCGCCACUGCUUCUCCUGAUGACCAGCUUCGUAUCGAUCAGUUGGCGCGAAAAGUGGAAGCAGUGAAUCCAACGAAGGAGCCUUUGAAAUCUGAUUUAAUCAAUGGGAAAUGGGAGCUCAUUUACACAACAUCUGCUUCUAUUCUGCAGGCCAAGAAACCAAGGUUCUUGAGGUCAAUAACAAACUACCAAUCUAUCAAUGUGGAUACACUCAAGGUUCAGAACAUGGAGACUUGGCCUUUCUUCAACUCGGUAACUGGAGACAUAAGACCCCUCAAUUCAAGGAAGGUUGCUGUGCAGCUCAAAGUGUUCAGAAUUCUCGGCCUUAUCCCUGUAAAUGCACCUGAAACCGCACGUGGUGAACUAGAGAUUACCUAUGUUGACGAGGAGCUACGGUUGUCAAGGGGUGACAAGGGCAAUUUGUUUAUACUGAAGAUGUUUGAUCCAACUUAUCGAAUCCCUCUCUGAAGCAAGCCAAUCAUACAAACACAUACAUUACCCCCCAUCGCUUGUUCUGUCUAUCUUCAUCGUAUGUAUAGAUGAAUGUUUUUUCUUCUAAAAGUAAAACAUAAAGUCUAAUAAGAUUUUUUUUUUUUUAAAAAGAGACAAUCUUUUGCCUCAAUUUUAACGUUGUUGUGAUCAACAUUGCAUUGUAAUCAGAUGAAAUGUAACGAAUAAAGUCUUUUUGUCUGUU